CCGAGCCGCGGAAGGCGCUGCGGGCGGAGGUCCGGACUGGGGUGUAGCGACACUCCGAGCCGCGGGAGGCGCUAUGGCCGGAGGUCCGGACUGGGGUGUAGCGACACUCCGAGCCGCGGGAGGCGCUGUGGCCGGAGGUCCGCACACUUGCCGGUCACGGUGGAGGAUGGUGCGCAGCGGCCGGUUGCGGGCCGGGGUGAAGCAGAAGCUGACCCGCUGGAGAAAGGGGCACAGCAGCGAAUCGAACCCGCAGACCCAUCGGUUUCGGGAGGCGGCGCGGAGCCGCUUCUUCAGCAGACCGUCCGGAAAGAGCGAUCUGACAGUGGAUGUGCUGAAACUGCACAAUGAGCUCCAGUCCAACAGCUUAUCUAUUGGCCCGAGAGAGUGUUCAGCAGAAGAGCCCAUUGGUGAGAGAGAGGACAAUGCCCUUACAGAGAAGACCUCUGGGACCUUCCUUAGUGGACUAUCUGACUGCAGCAACCUGACAUUCAGCCGAGUUCAGCGGUUCUGGGAAUCCAAUUCUGCAGCCCAUAAAGAGAUCUGUGCAGUAUUGGCUGCUGUUACUGAAGUGAUUCGCGCUCAGGGUGGGAAGGAAACAGAAACGGAAUAUUUUGCUGCUCUGAUGACUACGUUAGAAGCAGUGGAGUCUGAGGAGUCUGUCACAGCCAUUGUAUACCUGUUGAGCUUGGUAAUGAAACGGAUGCCUGCUCCAGUCCUGAAAAAGAAGUUCUCAGACACAGCAAAAGUUUUUAUGAACCUUGUAGCCAUUCAGGCGAGUACGGGAUCCACAGUAGCCCUGCGAUGGACAGUCUCGUGCCUCUCCACUCUGCUGCGUCGACAGGAUCUGGACAUGUGGAGCUUUCCCUCGACACUCCAAGUUUACCACGGUCUCCUCACUUUCGCUGUACACAUCAAACCAAAGGUCCGAAAGGAGGCCCAGCGCGGCAUCUGUUCCAUCCUCAGGGGGAGCGACUUCAUGUUUGGAGACGUAACUCCACCCCUUCACCCAGCUGCCCAGUCAACAGCCAAAUUCUGCAUCAAAGAAAUUGAGGAGUGUGGAGGCAGUACAGAGGGUACCACCACGCUGCACGUGUUAUGUUUGCUGAAAGAAGUCCUUCCCUGUUUCCCCGUCAGUUGUGUGAAGUCGUGCUGUGAGACUCUGCUGAGAGUCAUGACCCUCAGCAACGUGAUGGUCACAGCUUGCUCGAUGCAAGCCUUUCAUGGCCUCUUUGCUGCCAAACCAUGCCCAUCAACCUUGACAGCAGAACUCAAUGCACAGAUUAUAACCGCUUUGUACGAUUACCUGCCAAGUGUCAACGACCUGCAGCCCAUGCUGGCCUGGCUCGCAGUCAUGGAGAAAGCUCACAUCAACCUGUCCAGGUUGCAGGGUUUGCUGUGUUUGGCUCACCUUCCUCGUGUCUUCUCCACGGCCGUCAGUUGCCUGCUGUCUGCCCAUAGCCAGCUAAUGUCAGCUGCAGCAAACACCAUGAAGGUGCUGCUUAAAGAGUGUGUGGCUCCAUUCACUUCUGACAUCGGAGUCUUUGUUUCGUCCUCUCCCUCGGGACCUGCCUCCUACAUCUGUAAGAUGUUCAGGGCCGUGGAGGAUGGGCUGGCUUAUCGGUUCUACGCUUCCUGGGCCUUUGUUCUACAAGUUCUCAGCACGUUCUUUGAGGUCAUUGGCUCUCAGGCUUACCCAGCAAUGAAGCAGUGUCUGCAGGCACUCUGUGAUCUUCGAGCGACUCCACAUUUCCCCUACGUCUUGGAACUGGAGCGUGCAGUGGGAAUGGCAGUGGAGAAGAUGGGAGCUGAAACUGUUUUACAGGCUAUUCCUCUACAGAUUGAUGGCACGGAGGAGCGGUUUGAUUUUCCUCGAAGCUGGCUCAUCCCUGUGAUCCGAGACCAUGUCAAACACACGCAGCUUGCAUUCUUCAACAAAUACUUCUUGCCUUUGGCAGCAAAACUGAAGAGCAGAGCUCUGGAACUUGCUGAGUCUGGACAAUCCCUUGAAGCUAAAAUCUAUGACACUUUACAAUGGCAGAUAUGGACAACAUUGCCAGGAUUCUGUACUAAACCCACAGACACAGCAGUGGCAUUUAAAAGUAUUGCGAGGACCAUGGGUGCGGCCAUCAGUGACCGGGCAGACCUUCGACCAACCAUCUGUCAGGCUCUCAGAGUCCUGAUCAGCAAAGGCUGUGAGAACGAUUCAGACCGGGCUGAAGUGAGUCGAUUUGCUAAGAACUUCCUGCCAAUCCUGUUCAAUGUUUACUGCACAGAGCCAGAAAGCGGGGAUAGUUCUACCUACCGACUCCCUGUGCUAGACACAAUCAAAGCAUACUUGACUCUUGCUGAGCAACAGCUGGUGUGUGGAUUCCUGGACAAGGCCAAAGAGAAACUGGAGAAAUCGGAGAGUUCAGAAUUCACAAGACUGUCAGUGAUGGAUCUGCUUGUGGCGAUGGCGCCCUUAGUUGAUGAGGCCAGUAUGAAUCAUAUAUACCAGAUCAUACUGCCAUUCCUGCAGAGCAAAAACCACAGUGUCCAGAAGAAGGCCUAUAGAAUCCUCGAGGUUAUCUGUGGGGGCGAGCAGGAGCCAUGCAGACAAUUUGUUCGCAAGCAUUUGGAGGAGUUGAAAGUGACGCUGCUGGGAUCCCUGAAGAGUGCAUCGUCUCCUGCAAAGAGACCGAGGUUGAAAUGUCUGAUUCAUAUUGUCAAGCAGCUGUCUGUAGAACAUCAGGACUUCAUCAUAGCACUGCUUCCUGAGGUUAUAAUCUGCAUGAAAGAAGUUUCCGUUGGAGCACGCAGAAAUGGCUACACCUUGUUGGUGGAGAUUGGACAGGCCUUUCUGAGGUCCCAUAAUGAUCCACAGGAGGCUAUUAAUCAGUAUCUGGCACUGGUUUACGCGGGUUUAACUGGCUCUGUUACCAUGAUCAGCUGCACUGUUCUUGCACUCACUCGCCUGGUGUUCGAAUUCAAAGAUAAGAUGGAUGUUCUCACCAUUGCGCAGUUACUGAAGAACAUCUGCCUCCUGCUGCAGUCCAAGACACGGGAUGUGGUCAAAUCGGCACUUAGUUUCAUCAAAGUCGUUCUGUUCAUCAUGGAUACAGGUGCACUGUCUCAGCAGCUCCAGCUCCUGAUGGAGAGUAUUGGCAGUAUGCGGGAUGAUAUGAGACGACAUUUCCGUACAAAGAUAAAGAAUAUUUUCACAAAAUUUAUACGCAAGUUUGGGUUUGAGAUGAUUGACAGCAUGGUUCCUGAGGAGUACCACAAGGUGCUUGUCAACAUUCGUAAAGCAGAAGCACGGAACAAGAGACGACGGGCUCUGAAACAAAAUGCAAGUGAGUUGGAGGGAGAGGAUGAAACUCCAAAACAGUCCAGGGACAGUAUCGAAGACAUUCUGGCUGAGACAGAUUCUGAAGAUGAGGGAAUUGAGGAAAAGAAAGAAUUGAAGAAGCGACCAGUACAAAAGAAGCCAGCAUGGCUGAAAGAAGGUGGAGAUGAUGAGCCCCUCAACUUCCUCGAUCCACAAGUGUCACAGAGAGUGCUGGCGACUAACCCAGAGCUGAGGAAGAAAUCGAACAUCAGACACGAUUUCACUGUGACGCCAGACGGUCGAUUGGUCAUCAGUGAGGGGCCAACAGACGAACAAAUGAACGACUCCGAGGAUGAAGCCAAUGAAAUCUUGGAAGAAGUUGGUGCAAAGAGUAAGGUUGGACAAAAGCAAAGAUUCAGAAGUGCUGAUGGUGAUGAGAUGCAGAUAGAGUCCAGCUACAAAGCCGGAGGUUCCGGGAUUCACAGGCCGAGACCUUUGAAAAGAAAUAAAGAUUACGGUGCCGAAUAUAGAGCCGUGAAAGGGCAAGGAGACGUGAAACGGAAAGGAAAACACGAUCCCUUUGCUUAUGUCCCAUUGAACAAAUCACAGCUAAAUAGAAGGAAUAAAGCCAAGGUGAGCGGGCAGUUCAAGGGCCUAGUUAAGACCAAAGUUGCCAGUCGCAAACUGCAGAGGAAGAAGAGGACAAAGUGAUUGGCUGUCUGAAGAGCAGUAGAUAUUUGGGACUUGGUGAUUGACUUGCUGCUAAUCUGUGUCUCAUCAUGGGCCCAGAGUCAUAAAAACCUAUUUUCCCAAUGGAUGGAGUAAAAUUAAAUAUGAUCAGAAAA